GCAAUAUAGCCAUUUCGUGUGUAGUGUGCAAAUAAAGCGAGUAAAUAAAUCAUCUGACAGCACUUUUAACAAAACAAUCAAAAUGCGCACUUCCUGUAGGAAGAGACGAACGUCAAUUCCCAGAAGGCCCGGUUGGUGCGCAUGCGCAGACGCGUGUUCAGCAUGGCUGCAGUCAGCAGUAUGGAGUGUGUGAAGAGUGUUAAAGGAGUGAUUUUAGACAUGUGUGGAGUUCUGUAUGACAGCGGAGAGGGUGGAGGACAUCCAAUACACGGAUCUGUGCAAGCAGUGAAGAGGUUAAUGGAUUCUGGUCUAAUCGUUCGGUUCUGCACUAAUGAGACUCAGAACACACGCGAGAAGUUCGUGCAGAAGUUGCAGCGGAUGGGCUUUGACAUCAACGUGAGUCACGUGUUCUCACCUGCGCCUGCGCUCAUCCACAUCCUGAGAGAGAGAGGACUAAAGCCACACCUGCUGGUGCACGACGAUCUGCUGCCAGAGUUUGACGCUGUUGAUGGGAGUUCUGCAAACUGUGUUGUAAUCGGAGACGCUGCAGAAAACUUUUCCUACCAUAAUCUGAAUGAAGCGUUUCGUGUUCUGAUUGGACUGGAGAAGCCGCUGCUGUUCUCACUGGGUCGAGGACGCUACUAUAAGGAGACAGACGGACUGAAGCUGGACGUGGGCGUGUUUAUGAAAGCUUUGGAGUAUGCGUGUGAUAUUGAAGCUGAGGUCGUCGGAAAACCAGCACCAGGAUUCUUCCAGAGUGUGUUGAGUGACAUGAAGCUCCAGCCACAUGAGGUGGUGAUGAUCGGUGAUGAUCUGGUGAAUGAUGUCGGUGGUGCUCAGUUUUGUGGUAUGAAGGGAGUUCAAGUCAGAACCGGGAAAUUCAGGCCGAGCGAUGACAAUCACCCGCACGUGAAAGCAGACGCAUGCGCGGACAACCUCGCCGCCGCCGUGGACGCCAUACUGACACAGCGAUCCGUCAAUAACUGAUCUGAGAUCUGAGAUUAAUGUUUACUGUCCGUCAUGCAGCUGCACUCAUUAAAUAUGCAAACAAUAACCGGUUUAAUUCUCAAAGCUAAAGAUUUAUUAUAUUUAUUUGCAUUGUGACGUUAUAUUGAAGUAGGCGGGAUUAACCCCGAAAUAUUGGAUCUUUAAAACACUAGCAUAAAUCAACUGAAGUGGUUUAUAAUGUACAUAAUUUACAUGAUCAUGACAAUUAUACUAAUCAUCAUAUACUAAUUAGUUUCAUUAAUUUAUAUUCUUUAUGAUCUGCUGUCAGACAUCAUGAAGAUCUUGUGUGUGUUCAGGAGGAAAUCGUUGUAUAUGUAAUCUGUUAAAGAUCUGUGACAUCAUGAGAACAGUGUUAAUGUACAUGUGCAGUUACAUCAUUAAAUAAAGGAGCAACAUAUAACACUUCUCAAAAUCACACUAAUGACAUUUACAAUUAUUGUUUUUCUCCGACUCAAAUAGAAUUAUUAAAGUGCAAAUAAAUAUUCUGAUGUCAACACACACACACUCAUACACACACUCUCACACACACACACACUCACUCACUCACACACACACUCA